CAUGAGUGAAGGGGGAAGGAAAAAUGAGGAGGAGUGGUCUGAAUUUCCAUCCCUCGCCGCAGGAAAUCUGUGUUUGGUUUAAAUGCCAGAGUCUUUUUCGCAGGCAGCUUGUGUUUGUGAGUGAGAAGAACAUACAGCAGCAUGGUCAGCCGGGUUGAGCAUCCUGCUGCAGGCUACAGGAAGAUCUUUGAGACGGUGGAGGAGCUGAAUGAACCCAUACCUGCUGAGAUCACAGGUAGGAUACCGUCAUGGCUGGGCGGCAGUCUUCUCAGGAUGGGUCCAGGUCUUUUUGAGAUAGGGGAUGAACCUUUCCACCACUUGUUUGAUGGACAUGCUCUCAUUCACAAGUUUGACAUGAAGGACGGUCAGGUGACCUACUACAGGAAGUUUAUCAAUUCGGACUCCUAUGUCCGUGCCAUGACGGAGAACAGAAUCGUCAUCACUGAGUUUGGAACAGCAGCUUACCCAGACCCCUGCAAGAACAUCUUCUCCAGGUUCUUCACUUACUUCAAAGGCAUGGAAGUGACUGAUAACUGCAUGGUGAACCUAUAUCCAAUCGGUGAAGACUUCUACGCUGUCACGGAAACCAACUACAUCACCAAAGUGGAUCCUGAUUCUCUGGACACUUUAGAGAAGGUGGACCUGUGUAAGUACCUCUCAGUGAACGGGUUGACUGCCCACCCCCACAUCGACGAAGAUGGUGCGGUCUAUAACAUCGGAAAUUGCUUUGGCAAAAACCUGAGUCUGGCUUAUAACAUCGUCAAGAUCCCGCCUGCUCAGGAAGACAAGUCAAAUCCACUGGAGAAAUCUGAGGUUGUGGUUCAGCUGCCCAGCAGUGAGAGGUUAAAGCCCUCCUACGUUCACAGUUUUGGUAUGACAAAAAACUACUUUGUGUUCGUGGAGCCGCCGGUGAAGAUAAACCUGCUCAAGUUCCUCUCGGCGUGGAGCUUCAGAGGAGCCACAUACAUGGACUGCUUUGAACCCAACGAAACCAUGGGGACGUGGUUCCACCUCGCCACAAAGGACCCAGCAAACUAUCUGAGCAACCACAAGUUCAGAACGUCAGCUUUCAACAUCUUUCACCACAUCAACGCGUACGAGGAGGAGGAGGGAUUCAUCGUGGUCGACGUCUGCACCUGGAAAGGUCAUGACUUUGUGUAUAACUACCUGUACCUGGCCAACCUGAGGGAGGACUGGGAGGACGUGAAGAAAGCAGCCAUGAGAGCUCCUCAACCCGAGGUCAGACGAUACGUACUGCCGCUGGAUAUACAUCGGGAGGAGCAGGGGAAGAAUCUAGUGUCUUUGCCCUACACUACAGCUACUGCUGUUCUUCGUACUGAUGGCACCAUCUGGCUCGAACCUGAAGUCCUCUUUUCUGGACCCAGACAGGCUUUUGAGUUUCCCCAGAUUAACUACUCUCUGUGCAGCGGGAGGAAAUACUCCUUCACUUACGGCCUGGGACUCAACCACUUCAUCCCUGACAGGAUCGUGAAGCUGAACGUUCAGACCAAGGAGACCUGGGUGUGGCAGGAGGACGAGUGUUACCCUUCAGAGCCGCUGUUUGUAUCCAGACCUGGAGCUACAGAGGAGGACGACGGUGUGCUGCUGAGUAUCGUGGUGAAGCCGGGUGCAGAGAGACCAGGCUUCCUGUUGGUGCUGGACGCCAUGAAACUGACUGAGCUGGCCCGGGCGACAGUCAACACCAUCAUCCCUGUGACCCUCCACGGCCUGUACAAACCAUAAGCCUUCAUCCUUCGGACUCUAAAUAGUGGAUCUCUGAACAUAUUGUACCCCGAACAGUGACUUGAAACGAGGCAGUCAAACAAAAGUAUUUACAGCAACUGUCAUCGUUUCUGAGGGAGCCGAGAGAACAAGAAGUGAUGCUUAAUGUUAUCUUUUGACUAUUAAAGAUUUUUAUAUAUGCAAGGUG